CAAAGCUGCUGGGCGCGUAGCAGAAACGGCUACAAAUUGCUAGAGUGUUUGUGCGGUCGAACGGAUGCUAACCAGUUCCGGAAGGCGUUCCGAUGGUCACUAGCGCUUGAGAGAAGGGCAGAGUCGGCAGCGCACACACUUUCAGGCAGACACCUCGCCACCUCAUCGAGCGAUCGCCGGCGAUCGAUCCUCAGAGCCGCGUGCCAUCAUCAUCGUCAUCAUCGUCCGCCAUGCACAUGCACAGAAGCGUGCAUGCAGGCGGGUGCAGCAGAAUGCACCCAAGGCUGAAACUGGUUUUCAUGGUGGCCCUCGUUGGCCUCUCGAUCGGACCACCGGUUGCCCGGACGCAGAUCAUCAACCGGACGCCACACUUCAUCCCGGGCAGCGGCGACAUGUCCCGGUUCAGUUUACUCGAAAACACUCCGGUCGGCAGCGUGGUCUACCAGUUGCGAGGUGUGGAUCCUGAGGGCAGUAGGUUGCGGUUCAGCAUCUCCGGUCCGGUGUUUAGCGUUGAUCGCGAUUCGGGAGUCGUACGCUUGCGACAGUCACUAGACCGCGAGCAGCAAGACACGGUAGAAGUCAUCAUCAGCAUCACAGAUGAAAGUGUUCUCGGCACGGAACCGAACACGGUGUCACUGAGACGCGAGAUACCGAUCCGGGACUACAACGACAAUGCGCCAGUGUUCAUUGGACGACCAUAUAGUGCGACGAUCAGUGAAGCGACCGCACCGGGAAGUAACGUCACCGUUACACCGGACAUUAUUGCGACGGAUCAGGACGAGGGUGUAAAUGCCGAACUGAGCUUCAGUUGCUACCAAGAUCCAACUAAAGGAUCGGACGACAUUUGUGACGUGUUUGCGGUACACACGGAAAAGAUCGCACAGGGCAAGUUUGCAGCUUCGUUGGAACUACGAAAACCGCUAGACUUCGAGACGCGUCCUUCAUACAUCUUGACGAUCCAGGCAAAGGAUGGCUCACCAACGAACGCACUGCGAGCGUACGCAACCGUCGCCAUUACGAUUCUCGAUGUACAGGAUCAACCGCCCGUCUUCAUCAAUGCCCCGUACUCGGCCACGAUCCCGGAGAACACGAUCGAGGGUACGGCCGUCCUUACGAUCAAUGCUACCGAUGGUGACACCGGUAACCCGAACGCGCUCAUGCUAAUGCUCGAGAACGAACCGAUGGGUCACUUUCGACUUAACUACAUCGGACACCCGCGGUCAGGUGUGGCUGAACUGAUCACCACCGGAAAGCCACUCGAUCGGGAGGAUCCGAUCAUCACACAGAACGGUGGUGCGUACACGUUCGGUAUUCGAGCGACGGAACUGAUCAAUAACGAACUACCGGGGGAUACAACGGUCUCCCAGAUUACGAUCGUGCUAACCGACGUCGAUGAUCAUCUGCCAGAGUUUAAUCAACCGAGCUACGAUGUAAUGAUUCCGGAGAAUCUGGAGCAGGAUACACCUCUGCCGGGUCUCGCGAUCGUCGUCACGGAUAAGGAUCUCGGUCCAAACAGUCGCUACACGCUCGCUUUGCGCAACAUUCGAAACGCCGAAGGCGUAUUUGCAGUGGUACCAACGCACGGUGAAGGUCGUACACCGGUCGUAGUUAAGGUACUCAACUCAUCGCGCCUCGAUUACGACGUCCCGAACGAGGACGAUAAGACGUUUGUCUUCGAACUCGUCGCUUCGGUGGACGGAGAGGAACGCUCGACGGCCACCGUCACGGUGCGGCUCCAGGAUGCUAACGACAACUCACCGACCUUCCCACAGUCCAGCUACUCGCUAACGGUACGCGAGAAUACGCCACGUGGCUUCAAGAUAGCCGACAUCGUGGCAACCGAUCACGAUGCGGGCAUGUUUGGCCGGUUGGAGUACGCCGUGAAGGGCUUCGGAGCUGAACUGUUCCGGACGAGCCCCACCGGUGGUGGCCUAUACGUGGAGCGUAAUCUGGACUACGAAGAGCAGAAGAGCUACAGCUUAGCGCUGGUCGCAAAGGACGGUGGAGGCCGCGAAACGAACGCCAACGUAUUCAUCGAUGUACUGGACGAGAACGACAAUUAUCCGGCAUUCGAGGCACUCGAGUACACACGGACUAUUCGCGAAGGAGCGACCGAGUUCGAGCCGCAGUUCUUCGUCCGAGCGGUUGAUGCCGAUGGUCCACAGCAGGGUGGUGGACAGGUGAGCUACUCUAUCGAAUCGGAAAAUAGCAUCUCGGGCCACGUGUUUGCUGUGGACCGGGAGACGGGUGAGAUCCGAAUUACACGCCCGGUUAAUUCGAUGGACACGGAUCGGGGCCAGUACGAACUGCUGGUGGUCGCUACCGAUCAUGGUGUGCCGCCGCUUAAGAACGAUACGCGCGUCUUGAUCCGGGUGGGCAUUUCCGGAAAUCAACGACCAAUAUUUAAAGGUUUUGGAUUGCUUUCUGUCCCGGGCCGGGAUAUACCUGGACCACCGGCGUAUCGUGCCUCGAUUCCGGAAAAUGCCACCGCGGGCUACAACGUGACGCAGGUGAGCGCAACCGAUCCGGAUGGACUGGAUGAGCUGCUGACGUACAAGAUCGUUGGUGCCAGCGAUAAUUUCGUCAUCGAUGAUCAUAGUGGCCUCAUCACGGUGGCUCGCGAUGCACGGCUUGAUCGUGAUACGAACCCCGAAAGUUACACGAUCGUGGUGAACGCGAUUGAUGCUGGUUUCCCGAUUCCUGAGACGGCGACCACAACGGUACACGUCAAAAUCGAGGACAUUAACGACAAACCGCCACGGUUCCCGCAACCCUCGUACACGGCAUACGUAUCCGAACGAACGGCAAUCGAUGCCGAAGUGAUCCGUGUCACGGCUAGCGACACAGACCUGAGUGCACGCCUCGAGUACUCGAUCAUCGAACCGAUUACGGCCGUCACCAAGGGUGGUAUCCCGCUGCUGACGACCACAUCCUACGACUUCCGCAAGGCGUUCCGCAUUGACAAGGAUUCUGGAACGAUCUACGUUAACAGUACGCUGAGCUACAACUACGCCGCGGUCAUUACACUGACCGUACAGGCGGUCGACACGAUGGCACAGAUAGCACCCGAGCAACAAUUCGCCCGUACGGAGGUGACACUGUACGUGCAAUCGUUCAAGGACACAAAUCCUCUGUUCCGCAACAAGGGUUGGUCAACGGUACGACCGAAGAUCGAGCUAAAGGUAAAGGAAGAGUCACCGGUCGGGGAAGUAGUGUUCCGUAUCGAGGCGGAUGAUCCCGUCGCCGAUGUACCGAUCACUGAUUUCGAGCUCGUAAUGCCCGAUGUGGAUGGAUUCUUUGCCCUAAAUGAGCGUACCGGAGAGAUUUCGCUUCGGAAACGGCUCGACUACGAAUCCUACAAUCGUACCACGAUCGAUUUUGUCGUGCAAGCGAUCACGAGCAAUAGGAAACGGCAGUCACUGGCCUACGUGAACGUGACGGUGGAGAACGUGAAUGAUAAUGCGCCGGUCUUUAAGGAGCGCGAUGGUACCCAUCUGACGGUGCUCGAGUCUGAUCGAUACCCACACUUACUGACGACCGUGCACGCAACGGACAGUGACGCUGUACGGACGGAUCGGGACAGUCUUCUUGGCUACAACACCGUAUCGUAUAGUCUGUACGGUUCUCACUCGAACCUUUUCACCAUCGACAACGCCACCGGUGAGAUCCGGAUUGCGCCAGGACAGGGGCUUGACCGGGAGAAGCAAUCGGUGCUGAAGCUGAUCGUUGUGGCCGAAGAUGCACCCGGUAGACCGACGGAAGCCAAGCGCACCAAUCUGGAACUGGUGGUCGAUGUGCUCGAUGUGAACGAUAAUCCACCGAUCUUUGGUCAGCGCUCGUAUACGGCGGUCAUUCCGGAGAAUGUGCUCCUCGAUACGUUCGUCAUAGCGAUUACGGCGAACGAUCCGGACGAGGGGCUCGGUGGUGAGGUACGCUAUGACAUUCUGAACGAGGGUGAAGCUAAUGGAUUACUACAGAUCAACCCCAAGACAGGUGAGAUCAAAACGAAGGCCAUGCUGACGGGUAAGGGACGAUCGGAUCCGUAUGAGCUGGUGAUUCGCGCUCAGGACAGCGGUAAUCAGCUACCGAAGCAGAGCUCACUCUACAGCGACGUAUCGUUUACGCUGUACAUCGGAGAUAUUAGUGCCAACGAUGGUAUUCCGUUCUUCAUCGCACCCAAGCUGGGUCAAACGGCCAACGUCACGGAGAAUGCUACCAUCGGUGCACCGGUGUUCCAAGUCAUUGCCAGCGAUCCGGAUAGCCCAGCGACGCCAAGUGGAACCCUCCGUUAUCGCAUCCAGUCCGACAUUGAGGACGCAAAAUCGUUCAGUAUCAACGGAAAGACGGGUCUGAUUACGACCACUCGAUCGCUCGAUCGUGAAGCUAAGGCAACGUACAACAUCAUCAUCGAGGUAAGCGAUAUGGGUGAACCACCGCAAGCCUCCACCGUAGUGCUCCGUAUAAACGUGCUGGACAUCGAUGAUCAUGUGCCGCGUUUCGUACGCGAUACUGAUUCCCGGCCCCGGGAGUUGAUCGUGUUGGAAGAGCAAGCGGCCGGUACGAUCGUCGGUAAUAUAAGCGCACUUGACGAGGAUAUCGGUGAGAAUGGAGCGAUCGAUUAUGAAAUUCUGGAGGGCAACGAGCUUGGACUACUGAAGAUCUCCCGCACGGACACCAAUGAGGCCAUCCUAAGAACGACGCAACCAUUGGACCGUGAGGCAAUGGAAACGAUCCGUCUCACGAUCCGAUGCUUCAAGCUUGGAACGACCCCGGACCAGCCCGGUGAGGGUUAUAACCGGUUCGAUCUAUCACAGCAGCAACUGCUGGUACGGAUUGCCGAUCUCGACGAUCAUUCGCCACAGUUUGAGCGUGAAAACCAAACGAUCGGUAUCCGGCAUAAUGUGCCGAUCGAUACACCGAUCGCAAAUAGCCGUGCAUUUGAUGUGGAUUCAAGCGCUAAACCGAUCGUCUAUUCGAUCGAAACCAUCAACUUCAUCCCACAAUUCUAUCGCCGGGACAACCGGACCGAAGACUAUACGAGUGUCUUUAACCUAAAUGAAGAAACCGGGGAGAUACGCAGCACCCGCAGCAUGUCGAACUUUGUCGAUGGUUACUUCCAUCUCACGAUCCGGGCAAACAAUAGUGAGAAGGUGGAGCGGAUCAGCGAAACACAGAUGAAGAUCUUCGUCAUACGCGACAAGUCAUUGCUGCGGUUUGUCUUCUCACGGCCACCGACCGAGAUUAGCCAGGUGUUGGCGAACUUCAGCAGCGAGCUGCAGGAACGGUUGGCCGAUUCCAACCUCGAACUAUCGGUGUUCGAUGCGCAGGUGCUCAGUCACGCCGAUCACAGUCUAGACUUUAGCUCGACCGGUUCCUGCUUCCAGUUGACGCGCCACGGUUCUGCAUUGGCCCCGGUAGAAAUGAUGCGUCUGAUGGAUAGUCCCGAGCUGAAGGCGCUUCUGACCGACGUGUUCGACAAGUACUCGGUCCACAAGAUUGACUCAUGUGCGGUAAGCAAGAAAGCACCGACCGGUGCACUGAUCGCUUCCUCGGGCACUUGGCUAGUGAUUCUGGCCGGUCUCAUAGGGUUUGCUGCGUUUGCAUCAACCAUGACUGCGUGCUGUCUAGCAAAACGAUACAAAAGUCAGGUGCGAUCGACGAUCAACUCGCAGCGUAUCGUCGGAUCGGACAUUUAUGGUAGUGCCACCCCCGUGCUCUACACCGAGCCUAUCUACGGGGCGCUUUAAGGUCUGAACGGUGAACUCUAGGGUUGACUAUUUCAAAGUCUGUACAAAGCAAGUCAUAUCUUAAAACCACCCCUCCCAUCCGUUCCAACCGAUUGGCCAUCUCGUGGCACAAUCUCAAACAGAGCUGAAGGCUGCUUCCCUCCGACACCCAAGGCGGGGGGAGGAAUUUCAAAGGUUGCCAAAGUGCACGCAGGUCAGACUUCCUUGGUUCGGGUGCAAGGACGCGCUGGCAGGGAGACACACACACACGAGAUACCCUCGAGACUAAUAUUUAUUUUACCGUGUAAGGGACACCCAGGAAUUGUUAUUGCAUUUGUACACGCUGCACAUCACACAAGUGGCCACGUGACGACGAGGUGUGCACGCACAGCGGUAUCCAUGGCCUGUGUUCUAAAAUGUCCUCUUCGUUGCUGUUUGUGUGGAAGAGGAAAAAACGUGCCGUUUUGACUGCAUUUUGCAAAUGUUUAAUGUUUUUUGUUUUUUAAGUAACAUGUAAAUAGCUAGACAAACAAUAAAACAAAUACCAUUGUU